UUAAAAAAAAAAAAAAGGAAAUGGUACUUCUGUUUUUUGUAAUUAAAUAUUGAAUAUCUCAAUAUUGAAACAAAACAUGGCUAUCACAAGACUCUUGACUGGAACAUUACUGGGAGAGAAAGUGAGCCCUUCACUAUAUAAAGACAGGCACAGCUUUACCGGGAGACAUUCUCGUCUUUGUGCUCUUCACUCUCCAUCAUCACCCGACCCCCAUCCGGCUACUAUGGUCUUACUGGUGACCGUGUUGGUGGCCGCGCUGGCCGCCUUCGGGGCAUCCGCAGAAGUCAUUCCCCAAGCUGACUUCAAUGUCCACGGGAUGGCAGGGAAGUGGUACCUGGUCGGUUUUGCCUCUAACGGCCAAUGGUUUGUCCAACACCGGGCCUCCAUGAAAAUGGGCACAGCCAUGCUCAACCCAACUGCAGAUGGUGACCUGGAUAUUUCAUAUGCAAGUUUAAAAUCUGACGGGACAUGUUGGAGACUGAACAACCUGGCCAAGAAGACAGACAUGCCGGGAAAGUUCACAUACACAAGUUGGGGCAAUGAGAACGACAUGCGCAUGGUUGACGUGAAAUAUGACCAGUACGCCCUGACUCACACCUUAAGGACAGACGGGGAUCAUCCCACAAUUGUAAACAAGCUAUACGGUCGCGGCGUGGAUCUCAGCCCAGAUCUGCUGGAGAAGUUCAGGCAGUUCUCCCUGGAAACUGGGAUCCCAGCUGAAAAUAUUGUGUUCCUCCCCAAAAAUGGGGAGUGCCCAGCUGCAUAGCUUCCUGCCACCCUCAGCUUAACCCAACAAUGCUGUCAAAAUGAGUGGAAACUUAAUGAAUGUGUGCUAAUAAAAGUCAAAGAG